AUGCUCCCCCCUUUCGACCACACCAACCAUAUCACCGACUUUGGCUUCGGCCCCGGGGAUCCCGCGCACGGCGAUACCGGCCCGUGGCCACAGGACCCAAUCGCCAGGCUACGGCAAUAUGCUAGCUCGGCAGAGGCCUGGGAGGCGACGCAUCCCUCUCACCGCGGCUGCUUCAUCGGCCACGCCUGUCAAGUAACGGGGGAGGCGUCCUGCCCCCGCGCCAACUACCUCACCCAGUUCCACCAUGCCUAUGGGACGUGCUGCCAAUGGAGCCCGGGCCAUAUCUACUGCGGCGGUCCGACCUCGGCAGCGGAGAGGCACUUGUUCCCUAGCUGUGCCGACUGCGGCGUCCUCGUUGAGAUCUGGGACCUCAUCCUCAUCAACCGCCGGCUUCUGGUGCAAACGCCGGAGGACUACAAGCUGGUACAGGAUAGUCUUCGCGGCUACAUCAGGGCUUACCGAAUGCGUAGGGCUACGCACGCCGCGGCGGUACGCGCUAGGGCUGACGAUGCGUUUGAGGCGCAGCUUAGGUGUGUGGAGGAGGGCAUCGAGACGCCUACGCGCACGGCGCUGAUGGGCAAGGUUGCUACGCUUGUUAUGGGCGCUCUGACACCGUCUUGUUGGUGGACGCGAUAG